AUGCCCAAGCCAAGAUCCUUCCUUCUCCACCUCCUCCUGAUCGCCAGCUGCAUCGCCAACGCCGCCGCUGCCACCGAUGAUGCCCCGUUGCAGGAGCCCACCACGCCGUCGUCGUUCCAGGGAGAAUGGCAGCUCCUCCAUGCGAGCAUCGGCGUCUCGGCGAUGCACGUGCAGCUGCUGCCGGGGAACUUCGUCCUGAUGUUCGACCGCACCGACACGGGGCCCUCCAACAUCUCGCUGGCCGCGCUGGCGCCGUGCGCGGCCACCGCCGACGGCGCCGACUGCACGGCUCACUCGGUGCUCCUGGACCUCCGCUCCAACGUGCUGCACCCGUACCCGCUGGCCACCAACCCGUGGUGCUCCUCGGGGGCGCUGCUCCCCAACGGCACGCUCCUCCAGACCGGCGGCUUCUCCAACGGCGACCGCGUGGCGCGGCUCUUCUCCCCGGCCACGGGCUGGGUCGAGCUCCCGUCGUUCCUCGCCGCGCGGAGGUGGUACGCCACCGACAUGAUCCUCCCGGACGGCCGCGUGCUCAUCCUCGGCGGACGACGGCAGUUCAACCUCGAGUUCUUCCCGCACGACGACGCGGCGCCGGCGCCGGCGCUGACGUUCUUCCCGUUCCUGGACGAGACGACAGAGCCCGACGCCGAGAACAACCUGUACCCGUUCCUCCACCUCCUCCCCGACGGCACCGUCUUCGUCUUCGCCAACGAUCGCGCCGUCGUCUUCGACCCCUACAACCACGCCCCGCUCCGUCGGCUCCCCGCCGUCCCGGGCGGCGUACCGAGGAACUACCCGUCGUCGGGCUCGUCCGUGCUCCUCCCACUCCACCCCGACGCGCCCGCGCACGCCGAGGUGCUGGUCUGCGGCGGCGCGCCGCGCGGCGCGUACCACCUGGCGUUGCGGAACGGCACGUUCGUGCCCGCCGACCGGACCUGCGCCCGCGUCGCGCCGACGGACCCGGACCCGGUGGUGUGGGCGAUCGAGGAGAUGCCGAUGGCCAGGGUGAUGGGCGACAUGGUGCUGCUGCCCACGGGCGACGUGCUGAUCGUGAACGGCGCGGCCGCGGGCACCGCCGGGUGGGAGCUGGGGCGGGAGCCCGUCAUGCGGCCCUUGCUGUACAGGCCCGACGCGCCGCUGGGGGCGCGGUUCGAUCACGCGUCCUCGCCGCUGGCGGCGUCGGCGGUGCCAAGGAUGUACCACUCGUCGGCGGCGCUGGACACGUACGGCCGCGUGCUGGUGGGCGGCAGCAACCCGCACGUCGGGUACGUGUUCGCCAACGUCACGUACCCGACGGAGCUGAGCCUGGAGGCAUUCCUGCCGCCGUACAUGGACCCGCGCCACGACGGCGCGCGGCCGCGGCUGCUGCUGGCGCCGGACGAGGUCGGGUACGGCGAGGCGACGGCCGUGAAGUUCGUGAUACCCGCCGGAAUGGUGGCGGAAGGUGCGGGUGCGGGCGUGGAGGUGGUGCGGGUGGUCGCGGUGGCUCCGGCGUUCGCGACGCACUCGUUCGGGAUGAACCAGCGCGUGGUGGAGCUCGCCGUGGGGAGGGUGGCGGAGCUGGAGGUCGGGGUUUACGAGGCCGUGGUCGCCGGGCCGCCGACGCCCGGGGUGGCGCCGCCCGGGUACUACAUGUGGUUCGUGGUGCACGCCGGCGUGCCCAGCAGCAGCGCCGCGUGGGUGCGCAUGCGGCCGCUCGGGCCAGCCACCUGA